AUGGUAAGUGGAACGGGUCCAGCACCGAAUCAGGCCGACACUGUAGCAUUCUGGCGCGGCCUGUGGUCAGAGCCCGUAAACCACAGCGAGGGCCCUUGGACGGAAGUUGUGGCGAGUCAGUGUGCGGGUAUUACGCCCAUGGACCCCGUCAUCAUAACGCCGGAUGACGUAGCUGAGGCGGUCCGUAGGGCCCCGAACUGGAAAAGUCCGGGGCUUGACGGGCUGCAUCACUACCGGCUGAAGGGGUUCAUGAUAGGUAUCACAGACAACGAAGAAUCAGAUACAGAAAAUUUAGAUUUAAAUGCUGAAAACCACACAACAAAUGAAAAUGAAAAUUUACAUUGGGAAAAGAUAAUUGCCAUAGAUGAAAUGUUUGCUAAAGCUUUAGAAUAUUUUGCUAAUACAAACCCAACAGAAAGACAGUUUAUACCAAAGCAGAGGUCAUCAAAGAAAUUGAGUAAAAUAGUUGACUAUGUAAACAAUAUUUUAUUGCCACAAUAUAUCAACAGCGAAAUUGAAUUUAAAACUUUUCAGAAUUUAGUGUACUGUGCAGAAUGGACUUCAGCUAAGCUCAACGGAGCUAAAAUUGAAAUAGCUAUACAAGUUGAUAAUCCGUUAGGACCUGAGAAACCAAAGAAAUAUAAUAAGCCAAAAUGGGAACAAAGAUUAGAAAACAAAGAAGAAAAAAAACUUAGUCAUCUUUUGUAUAUGGACGAUCUAAAACUAUAUGCUACUACUCAAGAUGAAUUGGAUCAAUUAGUUAUAUUAACGGAAAAAUUUUCACGAGAUAUAGGAAUGGAAUUUGGUAUUGAUAAGUGCAACAUUAAUUCAGUAAGAGCUGGACAGUAUUAUGAACAUAACUAUCAGUUGCAAACAGGACAGCAAAUCAAAUCUUUAGAGGAAAAUGGAGUGUAUAAGGCGAAAGGGGGAGAAACUGGAGGUUUUGCGUAUUGGGCAAGGAUGCAUCGACUUUUUGCUGAGCUGGAGCCAUCUGUAACCGUCACCGAGCAAAACCUGGCAGACCGAGUUCGGUAUAUCUUGCGCUCAAAUACAUUUGAUGUUACCGAACUCGAACGGCUACGACGUGAGGCUGUUCCUUCAUCGGGUGAAAAUGCUGCGGCUGAGGAUGCAGCGCCACAACUUACUGAGCAAACGGCAAAUGUAGAUGCCGCCGUGAACACGCCAGUUGUGGUUGAUUCAGACGAUGAUGGAACAGUCGCCCAGGAACUGGAACUAGAGCAAAUGGGGAGUACAUUGGAGGAGGCGAUUGUGGAAACGCGCAGUACGCCUCUCGAAAAUCGACCGCGACUUCCCCGCUUAGCCCUAAGCAAACGGAAUCGGGCUGUCGUGAGGGCUCUGAACCCAAUGCUGGUUACCUAUUUGGAAGCCAGCCAGGACCUUUGCGAGACGGACUCAAUUCUUUUUGGCGCCGCACUGGCAGUCUGCCGUAUUAUAGGCGCCAAACUUUCCACGGCUGGACGCGCUACUGGACAAAGUAGUGCUAUCCCAGCCUGGAGAAUAAGAAUUGAAGAACGUAUCGCAAAGGCUAGGGCCCUCAUCGGCAGACUGAUAUGCUUCAGGUCAGGCAAUACCAGGCCAAGGAUUGUGCGCACCGCAGGAUGGCGUUUGCUGGGACAAAUAAAUAAAAAUGAUGUAUACUUGGAGUAA